AUGCAAAUUUAUGCUUUCUUAGGUGACAAUGAUUCAACCUUCGGUGCAAGAAUUGAUGUCGCUAAAGUGGACAAGGGUAAUUGUGACGAAUUCGCGCCAAAAUAUGAGGAACAGCUUUUGUCUCUAGUUCUGCGACCACAUGAGGGUCGUCUAGUUCAACAAGCAGCUGUGGCUCAAACCGAUGAGCUAAUAGCUUCAGACCUUCCUACUCAAUUAUUCCAGUUGAGGCCGAAACAACUUAUUUUGGCUCCUGGAACACAGAGCUGUGUGUAUGUCUCCUUUGCCCCGAAGUCCCUACAAGAGAAUCCCAGCAACAGUUGGAUAAUUGGAAGGUAA